AAAAGUAACACUCACAGGUAAAAAUUGAUCGUGUUAUGAAAAGUAAAGGCACGAAUCUUUUGAAUAUUGCAUUGUGGAUAUUCGAUUUGAUUUCCGGUUUCAAUCCUAUGCGGAAGUGAGGCGUCUACUAGGACUAUAGCUCGCCAAAACGUCUCUCGAGCACAGAGGACAAGUUUGCAGAGUACCAAAGACGUAUCCUAGCCCGUAAACUCGAAGAAGAGCAAGUUAUGUCUGCAGAACAGAUGCAUCAGGCAGUGACUCGACUGGAGGCUGUAGCGGCACGGCUCGAGUCACUUGCAGUGUCUGGUGUGACCGGAGGCAGUGGUUCCUCGGGCGGAGCAGGUGGUGCUUCAACAGAGUGUCUUAAUGUUGACCCAACUGAUGCAGAACUAGGAGGAAAACGGCUCAAUCAGCAUGUUGCAAGCCCGUCAGUUAUGAAGACGUACGCGCAAGAUGGGCCUGUGGUACUGGCCUAUGACAGUGACAUCCUCCAUGGGAAAUUCUCCGAGUUCCUUCGACUGAGCCGGGAGCUGGGGGGAGACCUACAGACUCAGGUUGCCAUGGUAGAGAAGGGUUUUCAGGAAGUAAGGAAGUUCAUCGCCAUGGCGGGCAGGAGUAAAAAGCCGGACCAGAACAAGAUGAUGGAGCUGUUAAAACCACUGUCAGAAGUCAUUUCAGGCAUUCAGGAGUUCCGUGAGAGCAAGCGACAGAGCCCGAUGUUCAAUCACCUGUCAGGAGUGUCAGAGGCCAUUGGAGCCCUGGGAUGGGUCUCUGUGUCACCAACCCCAGGUCCCUAUGUGAAGGAAAUGCAGGAUGCAGGCAUGUUCUUCACCAACAGAGUCAUCAAGGAUCACAAAGACUCGGGCCCCCAGCAUGUUGAGUGGACCAAGGCCUGGAUGGGGACUCUGAGAGACCUCAUAGAGUACAUCAAGCAGUACCACACUACCGGUGUAACCUGGAACCCACAGGGUGGUGAGGCCAAGCUCAGUGGUGCCCCUGCGCCCCCAGCCAAGGCGGCAGCAGGAGGGGCUCCCCCGCCCCCUCCCCCCGGCCCCCCUCCCCCACCCCCCGUGGCACCAGCAGCGCCCCCUUCAGGCAGCGGGGGAGAGGAAAACAGGGCGGCGCUGUUUGCAGCGAUCAACAGAGGGACAGCAAUUAGCUCGGGGUUAAAGAAGGUAUCAGACGACAUGAAGACACACAAGAACCCUGCUCUACGUGCAACCUCCGCAGUAACCAGCAGCCACACCAGCAGUCACGGGGUCAGGACGGGGCCAGCCCCUUUCAAGGCCAACAACCCCCCACCAGUCAAGGCCCCUAAACCUGGGGCUAAGGCCCCAGCAGCCCCUACUGAGAAGCCACCAGUGUUUGAGCUUCAGGAGAAGAAAUGGGCAGUGGAGUACCAGGUGGGCAACAAGAACAUCGUUGUCGGCGAUACGAACAUCAAGCAGACGGUGUACAUGUACAAGUGUCUUGACAGCACCAUAGUCAUCAAGGGAAAAAUCAACUCCAUUGUCAUAGAUAGCUGCAAGAAGGUGGCUAUAGCAUUUGACGGUGUGGUCUCGUCCAUUGAGUUUGUCAACUGUCAGAGUGUGCAGGCGCAGGUGAUGGGACAGUGCCCUACGGUGAGCAUAGACAAGACAGAUGGCUGCAUGAUGUACCUCAGUAAGGAAUCCCUCGACGCUGAAAUCGUCACUGCUAAAUCCUCCGAGAUGAACAUCCUGGUGCCUAAAGAUGAUGGCGACUUUGCGGAGUUCCCCCUACCGGAGCAGUUCAAGACAAAAUGGAAUGGGAAGAAGUUUAUCACUGACUGUGCUGAGAGCGUCUGAUUGGUCGAUAUAUUACCUAGCAACAAAACUUACAUUUAUACGAACAAACGCCAAUCAUGUUAUAUGUGUAUAUUUUUUUUUAAUUGUUUAAGUCUUUUUCCACAAGGUUUAAUGUUGAGUAAAAUAAAUCAAAUAAAUAUGUAACUUGCAUAUUAUUAUAUAUAUAUAUUCGAAUUUAAGAAUUAUCUCUUUUCCAUAAGGUGUAUUGAUGAACAAAAUAGACCAAUUAACAGUAACUUACGGCAUGUUUUACUUUGUUAAUAGACACUUGUUCAAGAUUGCACAUAAAUCUGAUUCAAUUGACUUUGCCUGUGGGUAUUCACAGGAUCUUGCUACAAAUAUUAAGUAAUUAGAUGUUAAUCACUCAUUUCGUUUUGUGCGAGUUUCCUUUGACAGCUAUGGCUCAUUUGUCUGCUUAUUAAAGUUAGUUAUUUAAGAACUUCUAUGUUUCAGUAUUUUGGAAUAAAUUUAAGGUUUGCUUGUAAGUUGUUAAGUUUGCAUCCAAUGCUUCAUAUUGUGGGCUGCAUUUUGUUUCAAUUCCAAAAUGUGAAUAUUUGGGUAUUUGCCAAUAGUUAAAGAGAGGUUUAUCAACAGAAUCAGUUCAUAGAUUCAUAAGUGCCCGUGUUUAGAUUAAUAUAUUGAAACACAUGUUAAUCAAGUGGGUCCAUUUUCAAUUUUGUAUUUAGAAAUUAAUUUGAUUUUACUACUGAGAUAUAAUUAUCCGUUCAAAGUUUUGAUUUGUUAGAUGUUUCAUUAGUUAAUUGAUUUUUGUAUCUUGUGCAAUUGUCUGGAAAAUCCAAAAUCAAAGUUCAACAAAAUAUUUUCAAGUGUGGCUCCUAUGCUUUCAGUUUCCUGUGAAAGAUUAUAUUGUCUUGAAAGUUCUGUUUAUUAUUUACUACUUUUUGCAUGCAUUCAUGGUAUACCUCUGGUGGAUAAUUUCCUGUUGACAUAUCACUUGUAUGAAAGUCUUGUCUUGCAAAAUGUAAUAUAAUAGGAUGAAUUAAGUGUAAUGCAUUUAAUACAUGAAGUUUGAGGCAGUCACAAUUGAGAAGGCUCCUGGUUAUACCUGUGAGUAAAGUGUUGUUCAAGAUAAGCCUAUAAAGUCCGCACAAGCCUGUCUGGGAAAACACUUUCCACCCAGGACUGGAUUUUUGCUUAGAAGAGACUUCUUUAAAAUGAAAAAUUCCAUAUAAAGUGGCAAGAGUCUUCCCUAAUAAGCCUGUGCAGACUGCACUUUACGCACAUGCUUUAAACCUGGUUAUUGCUCAGCGCCUAUGGUAUGUAAUUUAAAAAUGUUUCUUAGCAUUUUAAAACAACUAAUACGCUGGGUUAAACAUUUUUAAUGUAUUUGUGUAAUAGGUUUUUGGUAUGCAUAAGCUUAUCAGUUCUGGCAUCUGCAAAGUCAAAAAUAAACAAUAUCUUGGAGUAAUUAAUUAAAAAACAGAGAUUUGUGUUAUGAAUGUCAAUGUUAAGUAUGAAAAGUAUCAAUGAAAAUUUCAAAUGAGGUAUUAUAAAAUCUGCCUGCUUUUAAUUAUGCAAGAAUUUCUUAACAUUUCAGAACUUAAUAUCAAUUAAACAUUGUGCGUUUACUUACGCUCAUAUAAAGCAUUAUUAACAGGGGCUGUUGCACAAAAAUGCUGGUGUCUGACAGUGUGCAAUAUUUAUUGUGUUUUUCUUUCCUAUAAUGUCUUUAAUUUAAUAAUAUUUUUGUAUAAGUCCCUAACAAAUUGAUGAGAUCUUAUUUGGAUUUGCUGCAUCCAUUUUUUUAAUUAAAUAAAAAUGUAUAUUUUUCAAUUGUCCAUGCAUUGUCUGUUGACCCGCAUCUGAUUUUUUUUACAGUUAAGGAUUAAUUUGGUUAAGCUUAUAUUUUUGUACAACUUUGUUUUUUCAUUUAAUGGUAAAUAUUUUCAAUGGCAUCAUAAAGCUGUUUGUUUUAGUUAAUAGCUGUUGAUUUGCAGCAGAUAUAUUAUAUAAUACCUAUUUUAAGCAUCCAAUUUUGCUCAAUUGACUGUUAACGAACAUGAUAGUGAAUGUAGAUUGCUUAGUGUGAUUUUUAUACUUGCUUGUUCACGUUACCGUUUCGAACAUAUAUUAAAUGGAUCAUGAAUAUUGUUUGAACCCCUAGCUCUCUUAUAAAGACAAAUAUAUUAUUCUGAUGUUUACUUGAACCAACAUGGACUGUUAAACAUUGUACAUGAUCAUACUAUGCUAUUUUAGCUAGAAUGUUAAACAUGAAUGUAGACUGUUUAUGUUCUUCUGUGUUUGUAUUAUCUGUAUUUAAAGAACUGUAGCGUCCUAGCUUUUUGUAUUCUAUUAGUACAAAUAAAAUCAAUAUAUAUCUUUCGAAA